CACUUCCGCCGACGUCACGCUGCAGCCGCUCCCCACUUUGCUGGCUGUGGCGGCGCCGUUCCCUUUGUCGCCGUGAACGGAGCGGCCGAGCCGAGCCCGACCGACCGGGCAGGCGGGGGGGGUCGAGGACCGAGGAGCCGGGCGCUCGGUGGACGUUGAUCUAUUAAGUUUCACACUCGGCAAUACUCCUACAUUCAUAAGAUGGCAGCAAACAAGACCAAAGGCCAGAAUUCCUUGGCACUGCACAAAGUCAUUAUGGUUGGGAGUGGUGGUGUGGGGAAAUCUGCCCUAACACUGCAAUUCAUGUAUGAUGAGUUUGUUGAAGAUUAUGAGCCUACAAAAGCAGACAGUUACCGGAAGAAAGUGGUGCUGGAUACUGAAGAUGUCCAGAUAGAUAUCCUGGAUACUGCAGGUCAAGAAGAUUAUGCUGCAAUCAGGGAUAAUUAUUUUCGCAGCGGUGAAGGCUUCCUCUGUGUCUUUUCCAUCACUGAGCAAGAAUCUUUUGCAGCUACUGCUGAUUUCAGGGAACAGAUUCUACGGGUAAAGGAGGAUGAGAAUGUUCCCUUUCUGCUAAUUGGUAAUAAAUCAGAUUUGGAUGACAAACGACGAGUGUCUGCGGAUGAGGCCAAGAGCAGAGCUGAACAAUGGAAUGUGAAUUACGUAGAAACAUCUGCAAAAACAAGAGCCCAUGUUGAUAAGAUUUUUUUUGAUUUGAUGAGGGAAAUAAGAGCAAGAAAAAUGGAAGACAGCAAGGAGAAGAAUGGAAAGAAGAAAAGGAAAAGCAUAGCUAAAAGAAUCCGGGAAAGGUGCUGCAUAUUAUAAACUUGGCAGACUAAACUACAAGUCCAAACGUACUACGUAUCUCGUUUCAUUUGCUGUUCUGUCAGUGAUUGAAGGAACAUUAUGACUUGCAUAUGCAGCUUUCGGAAAACAUGAAUUGGAGCCAACAUCACGACAAAGGAUCAGGAGGUUUAAUGUCAAUCCAAAGUGCUUUUGUGCUGUCACUUGCUUUGGGUUUAUCGUUUUACUACGUACCGUUGGAAGGUUAUUUAAAUGGAUCUUCUGGGAAAGGUUAAUCGGUUCAGUCAAUUAAAUUACAAAAUGAAGAGGUAACUCAUUUCUCUCUCAAAGUAAUGCAUUUUGUUAAAUCAUUUUGAGCCCGAGCUAUUUAACUUUGCAGAUUCUCUAUAAUAUUUCUUUUGUUACCUUACUACAAUUAUUUUAUGUGCUAGUAUUUUGGAGAUAAAUAUUUGGUAUGAAGUGGAGAUUGCUCUUGCCAAAUUUGUGUGCUUUAAAAAAAAACUCUAUCUACAAGUUCAGUUAGUAAUGCUCGUUUUUCACCUUUGAAUUUUUUAUCAAAUGCACUUCCAUCAAGAAUGAUCCUAAGCUGUUGCUAUGUGAGACAAAACUUGGUGCAUUCUGGUUUGGAAAGUGUCACUAAGAAUGAAACAGAUUAAACUGUGAAACAGUGAAUCUCAAAAAAGAUUAGUAUGAGUUAUUGGCAGCUUACCUGUGGACAUUUUGCAUCAUUUUGACCUUUUGAAUACGUUGAUAACCCAUUAUCAGCUUUUAAUUUGGAGCUGUAUUUCUGAUGAUGCAGGUUACAAAGCAAAAUUAUGCUUCUUUGGCACUGUGAAAUUAAUAGGAAAAAUUUGCACAUGCACGUUUACCACUGUUUUCUUUUGCAGUAUUGUAUACCAGUUUAUUUUGUGAGAUGUCAGGAGUUCAUGGAAUUUUUAAAUCAUUGGGACUCAAUAACAAAAUAUAGUACAUAUUUUCUAAGUCUUAUUGACGUGGUCUAAGUAAGUACAAGAGCAUUUGCUGUUGAACUCUACUAUUUUGUCAGUGGGUCAAUUGAAGAUAUUUUACAUGAUUAAGUAUUGUGUUCCUAAAACAGACUACAUUUUGUUUUGCUUUGAAUCUGACUUUGCAAAGAUCUGACUUUGUUGUGUUUUGAUAUUGACACUAAAAAUCGAGAGCUAUGUUGCAAAUGCUUGAGCUUGAAUUACGAUCUCCAGUUUUUAAACUACAAGUAAUUUAUUAUAUCGCCACCACUGAAUUGAUGCGCUUUUCACUUUGGGUUAACAAUGGGGCUUGUUCGUACUAAAUUUUAAUUUUGGUGCUUUGCUUGAAUAUGGGCUUGGUUUGUUUUUGCUUUACUAACUUGUAUAAGAUAAAGUUUCAAGAUAUUUUAACAUAACCUGCCCACCCAGAAAGUCACUGAACAUGUAUUAAUCAGCAGAUGAACAGCUGUUUUUUUCCAGUGCAUCUAUGUGAAAACAUUUAAGAGUAUUUUAUGAUUGGGUGCAACAUUCUGUCUUCCAAGAUGUGCAUUUCCCAUUUGGCAAGAUGGUUCAAGUAUAAAAUUUAGAAGGCCUGAAGUUACGCUCUCAUAAUAUGGGAGUGCUAGAAUGAUUUCAGUGAGCAUGAGUUGCUGGGUUUGCUUAAGUCUCAGGUCAAUAAACUGGGACACUAUUCAGGUUUUGUGUUUAUUUAACUUGCUAGAAUUGCAUGUAAAUAGAUUUCACUUUGUCAUAUCAAAGUAAUUGUAAGUGGAAAUCUGAAGCAAAGUUUUGAUUUUUCAAAUGAUUCACUAAUGCACAAUAGAUGUGCAUAUAAUCAAGCUGGGCUGUACUGUAGCAAAGCAAUGUAAAACUUGUAAAUAUAAACUUAUCUGAAUAUGCCUUAAAUUAAAACUUUUACAGGUGACAUCCAAUAUGAAUGUGGUAAAUGAAUUAUGCAGAUGAAAUCUGCUAAAAAGAACUUCAGUCCUGUAAAACAGUGCCAUACUUUUGGUCCUAAUGGUCUAGAACACAAUACAAUUAAAUGAUGCAUUUUAGUUCCAAUAGCAGUUAUACAAUUUCUGUAGAAAUAUGUGUUGUCCGUUUUACAGCUUCCAGCCCUGCAGAGAACCUGAAGAAAUUGUAGAAGAAUUAUAUGUUUGGUUUGAAACCACAUCCAUUCCAAUUUAUUCACUUUCAUUUGGCAGAGGAUAAGACUAAUUUUAACAAAGGUGCAGAUGAAUUCUUCAAAGUUCAACGAGAAACGUGAGGACAAUGUCACUAAAGCUGGAGUGCUGGGAAUUUAGAAUGUAUACUCUAUUGAAUAUUAUUUAGUCUUUUAGAUGUACCAUUUGCCUUUUCACAUGUAUAUUCAAUGUGUUUUUCACACUAGGGGUUUAUUUGUAUUGUAUAGAAUUGGGGGAUACUGUGAUGAAUUGUUGCAAUAUAUAUAAGCCUUGUUUAGACUUUAGUUUGGACCCUUUUUUUCUACUUUGUGCAUUGCAUAGCUGUGAAAUUUGUAUGGAAGUGUGAAUUUGAAUCUAACUACUAACCUGAGGCUCACGAUAAAUGUGAAGCUAGGCUAUUAUGGUGUAAUGAAGCUGAAAAACACGGUUAAGUGAUGAAAGCUGAUGCCCUUGCCCGACAACAAUUUUAAUUGUAUGUUAAACCACCCGAAAUAAAAUUGUGUUUUUACAGCC